AUGAAUUCUACAAUUGCUUAUGAUGCUGGCUCAUCGUCGUCAUUUCUACAGGAUGUCUCAUAUUUGAGAUUAUUCAUAACUUUCAUUGCUGUCGUUCUUGUAUGGGAUCAAGUCUCAUACAUUCAAAAGAAAGGUUCUAUUGCAGGUCCGAGAUUUAAGAUAUAUCCUAUUAUCGGUCCAUUCUUAGAAUCUUUAGAUCCAAAAUUCGAAGAAUAUAAAGCUAAAUGGGAUUCUGGUGAAUUAUCAUGUGUUUCGAUCUUUCAUAAAUUCGUUGUCAUCUCUUCAACAAGAGAUAUCUCUAGAAAAAUUUUCCAAGCUACUAAAUAUGUUAAGCCUUGUGUCGUGGAUGUUGCGGUUAAAAUCCUAAGACCUCAAAAUUGGGUGUUCUUGGAUGGUAAAGCUCAUACCGACUACAGAAAAUCAUUGAACGGUCUUUUCACUCGUACUUCUUUGGCUCAAUAUCUGCCAUCCUUGGAAGAUGUCAUCGAUAAAUAUAUGGAAAAAUUCAUUGAAUAUUCGAAGGAUAAAAAUUAUGAACCAACCAUUUAUUUCCAUGAAAUGAGAGAAAUCUUAUGUGCUUUAUCCUUAAGAGCUUUCUGUGGUAACUAUAUCACCGAAGAUCAAAUUAGAAAAGUCGCCGAUGAUUACUAUUUAGUUACUGCCGCUUUGGAAUUAGUUAAUUUCCCAAUUAUUAUUCCUUUCACAAAGACUUGGUACGGUAAGAGAACAGCUGAUAUGGCUAUGAAGAUUUUUGAAGAUUGUGCUCAACAAGCUAAGGAUCAUAUUGCUGCUGGUGGUGAAUCCGUUUGUGUCAUGGACGCUUGGUGUAAAUUGAUGCAUGAUGCUAAGAACAAGAACGAUGAAGAUUCAAGAUUAUUACAUAGAGAAUUUUCAAACAAAGAAAUUUCCGAAGCUAUCUUCACUAUGUUAUUUGCCUCUCAAGAUGCUUCCUCCUCUUUGGCUUGUUGGUUAUUCCAAAUUGUCGCUGAUAGACCAGAUGUCUUAGCUAAGAUUAGAGAAGAACAAUUGGCUGUUCGUGAUGGUCAACCGGAAAAGAGAGUAGACAUGGAUAUGAUUAACAACAUGACUUACACUAACAUGGUUAUCAAGGAAACUUUACGUUACAGACCUCCUGUCUUAAUGGUCCCAUACGUCGUUAAACAAAACUUCCCAGUGACUCCAAAUUAUACUGCUCCAAAGGGCGCUAUGUUGAUUCCAACUCUAUAUCCAUCUUUACAUGACCCUGAAGUUUAUGACAAUCCAGAAGAAUUCAUUCCUGAAAGAUGGGUUGAAGGUUCAAAGGCAAGUGAAGCUAAGAAGAACUGGUUAGUCUUUGGUUGUGGUCCUCAUGUGUGUAUUGGUCAAACUUACGUCAUGAUCUUGUUCGCCGCUUUGAUCGGUAAGUUUGCAUUAUACACCGACUUCGAACAUACAGUUACUCCUUUGUCUGAAAAGAUUAAAGUCUUUGCUACUAUCUUCCCUAAGGAUGAUUUAUUAUUGACUUUCAAGAAGAGAGACCCAAUCACCGGUGAAGUUACUGAAUAG